AUGAACGCAUCCCAAUUCUCGGCAGCAGCAGCAGGAAUAGCAAAGCCUCCGUCCAGCGCCAGUCAGCAACCGUCGGUCAAUGGGAGUCCGGGACGUGCUAUUCCAGUCGCCCCGUCGUCUCACAACGUGGUGCCUCCUCAUAAGGCUGAGGACUUGGGCCGUUACGGCCUGGAUGGUAUGCUUCUAACAUUUCGUUUCGCUGUUAAGGCUAGUCAUCCCAAGCAAUACCAAACAGAAACGCUUUUCUACAUCUUCCACGUUCUAGUCGGCGACCAGAUGCAGGCCGUGGCCGCCAUGGAGUUGCACUCGCGCGGUUGGAGAUAUCAAAACAAGCUCCAGUUGUGGUUUAGAGUGGCCACUCAAGAAGACAUCGAUGCUGCCGCCGACGGCGCAGGGCGCAACCCUAAACUUGAUGCGGCUUCCCAGUAUGUCUACUUUGACCCCUCAUCGUGGAAGAAUCGGCUUUGGAGUGGUUCCGCAGCGGCUAUUGAUACACACGAGUUCUUAACCGCCACAGACCAUCAGCAUCAACUCAUGGCCGCCUCUGUUACCUUCCCCCUACAGACCAAUUUCGAUCUCUAUAUGCCGGAAACGUCAGCAGCCAAACAUCAACAGAAAGCAAUGCAAGCUGCUGCUGCUGCGGCCGCCGCCGCUCAAGAACGGCAGAGGAGCCAACAACGGGCUUAG